AGACUGGCUUGUCAAUGCGCCAAAAAAGCGCGUGACAAAGGCUAUAAAGUUUUUGGUCUUCAGUUUUAUGGCGAGUGCUGGAGCGAUGAAAAUGGCUUACAGACUUAUCAAAAGUUUGGAAAAGCUAACGAAAAAAAGUGCAUUAUGGAUUUGCUUUACAAAAAUAAUCAAUAUGAGUGGAAGUACUGCGACAUGGCCUCCGAUCAACCAUGUAUCGGGCAAGACAGCACCAAUUACGUUUACGUUCUCAAUGAAGGUAGUGGUUUGGUAAAAAUUUCUCUUCCCGUCUAUCUUCUGUCGGACCCACAUAUAUCUGUUUAGAACAUUGUCUAGCAUUCAAGAUUUUAUCCUAUUUUUUUCCCUUCAGUUGUUUUAGUGCCCACACUUUCUGCUGUAUUGUUUUGCUACAAGGAAGCGUAACGUACGUGAAAAUUAGUUGAUAAAAAAAUUAGUAAGAAGAUAACACAGAGAAAGUCUCCAUCAUACUCGCUUCAUUUUGAGGAUAUAUCAAUUUAAGCUAUUUUUAGAUCAGGUCCUGAUGAGUCAUGUUUCAGAUGGGUGAACCAGAUGGAGAUUACCUUCAAUAUUUAAUUGCAUGGCCACCUUCAAUCUAUCUGAGGACGCUUUUUGAUUUGAAGAUUCCUCAAAAUCAUUCUUUGGCACCGUUCUAGAACCAAAGUCACCAAAUGAUGGACAAUGGAGUGAAUGGGGAGACUGGACCAAAUGUGACAAAACGUGUGGUACUGGAAAACAGGUCAGGGAACGAACAUGCACGAAUCCACCACCAGACCCCCAGGGCAAGGAUUGUCAAGGGCCUGCAGAGGAAACUCGAAGCUGUAACGUCAAAGAAUGCCGUAAGUAGAUAAUCGUGGUAAUGUGUGCUCGAGCUUUAAAGAGAGACAAGUGUUACACGAAUGGAUCCACUUAAAAAUGUAAAGUUUCCGGCUUUGUUCACACUCUGUCAGAUAACUUUUUGUGCCGACACGAAAAUCUAUCCGGUGUACGUAGUAUGAACACCUAUCCGAUAUGUGUUUCUCCACUUUAGAGAUCGGCGAGGGGCAGCUUUGCUCCGUUACAGCGAGAAAUCGCGUCAAAACCACCAUUCUUAUGUGUGAACAGAAACAAGCUCUAUCUGGUAUGGUUUUGGUGCCGGCGCAAAAGCUAUCCUUUAUAGUGUGAACAUAGCUUUAAUUUUAGCUCCUCUAGUGACGGGAGCAACGAGAACGAAGAUACAAACAAAGAACAAGAACAGCGCCAUGGUGAUGCUUGGGUUAGAAACGACGAAAAAGAAGCAAAAGCCUUGCUUACAUGCUUAGCGGCGCAGGUUGUCCUAUAUUCUCAUUUAUAAAAGGAAAGCCUAGCUCAUAGCCGCUGUUGGACUCCCAUCGCCGGAGUCUAGGCCACGUCAUUGUCUCAGCAUCUUGGCCUGAACAAAUGUAAAGCUCUUCAGAAACAUGUUUUAGUGUUCCAAAUGUUUUAUAAUUGCCACUCAUCUGGCUGUAUGCUUGUACACAGUCUUAAUAACAGACCUCUGGCUGCUAAUCUAUCAUACCACAUCACAAAUAACACACCGGCCUUCGUUAUCUACACUAUUAAUUUAUCUAUGGUACUUUUUUCAAGCUAUUGACGGUGGCUUCACCCCUUGGGAGCCAGUCCAGGAAUGCUCUAAAACAUGCGGAGGUGGUACACAAAAAUAUAUUCGAACCUGCACAAACCCCCCACCUCAGUUCGAAGGCAAGGACUGCGAUGGACAGAAGGAGAAGACUGAGCCUUGUAAAGAUUUUGCAUGUGAGUAGAAAUAUAUUUCACAUUACUUUUGACCCUUUAAUAGCGUCUAACGAAGAAAACAAAUUUCACGGCAGUCGUAUACAAGGUACAAAAUACAAUAAACAUGUCUGUAGGAAUUUAUUCAAUCCUGACUACCUGAGCUUUCACAUUAGGGAGCAAUACGUAAAUUAUAAAUUAAUUGAUUGCACUGCGCCAUAAGCAAUCUGGCUAAAUUCCCCCAGUUAGCCUUAUAAAUUCUUUCUUGUUAUAAUUAAAAGCUUUAUAACUACAAAACCUCAGAUUCGUAGCUAGUACAUAGGCGCACAAUCGAUCGAGGCAGUUGCCAUAACAAUAUUUUUUCUGAUGUUUCGUAGUUGAGGAUAACUCCCGACCUUGCACUGCAUAUUCAGAAUUGUUAAAAUGGACAGUACGAAUGACCGCCGGUUAGCUUGGCCUACAGUUAACUGAGAAUGCCUCAUUAAUAGGCAUAACUCAACCUUAAUAAAUUAAAAAACAGUGUCGUCAACGUUUUUUUUUUUGUUCAAUAAAGUCGAUGGUAUUAAAAAUGGGACGAAAUGUGUAGAACGUAGAACCAGAUCCAGAUUGAAAUGCCGACCCCCACGACCUUAUAUACACUCAUUUCAUCUCAGUGGUCGGCAGGGAACUCAGUGUUAAGCCGCAGAAACAACAAAGAAACAAGCAAACAACAAAUCCUAUUGGCUAAAAACGUCACCAUCCGGUUUCUGCCGUUUUGCGUCGAUCGGAGUCUACACAAAUGUCUUUGCCUGACCAAAACCCUAAACAAAACCCUUUUUAAAGGUGGACAAGACAAAUUAAAAAUCAUCGUGUGCAUAAUCAUCAUCAUGGGUUUGACCAACAAAUUCUGUAACAGUAAUUGACAAAUAGUUAGAUGACAUAUAAGCAUUUGGUUACCAUUUUAAAUCUUCUUUUAGAUUUUGGCAGGGGUGUAGGGUGAGAUUUUGAAGGUGUACGUACGGAAAGAAAUGAAUGAGCGUCGAAGGCGCUCCAAACUAGGAGGUACAAAAAUAUAAAAUAUUAGCAAGUCCACAGCAACAAACCGUUAAAAGGUGCCGGUUCUCCCGGUUGUGGACCUGGAUCAGUACAAUAAAGAUGAAUAAUAACUUAAAGAAAAUAUGAAGCGAUGAAAAAGGAAACAAAAUAAUAAAACAACAAAAAAAAUAUUUAAACAAAUUUGCCCAAUAUUUCGGUUUGAAAACAGACCUUCUUCAGGGGCUAAAAGAACGAUGAAGAUAAACUAAAAGUUCGCUACAAUCAUAGUUAAUUGAGUGGAAUGGUUAUGAAACCCGUCAGACUCCUUUGUUAUAUGUUUUUGUGGACCUGAAAGUGCACAACGUUCAAAAGAAUUCCUAUCAUUUUGAUUGUAUUGACCAAUAAAAACGUUGCAUUAAUUUAUUCCGUAACAAUUUGCCAACAGAAAACAAAGGAUUGUGCACUUUCACGGUGCUUUGAACAUAAACUGCAGCACUGUUGUUUUUAUCAUUGAUGUUUGCCGCUUUUCAUAACCAGUCUCCUCUAAUAACUAUGCUACAAUUUUGAAAAUAUGAAAAUAAAAACAGUGUUAGAUUGUUAUUGGUGUAAGAGACCAUGUAGUAUCGUAUAUCAGUCUCUUUCAUCCCAUAGCGUUUCUUGCAGACCGUUUAUAGAACAAAAAGGGCGUAAAGGAAAUACUUGCACAAAGACACAAAUGUAAUGCAAAAAAAUUAACAGUUAUCUCGAUUAAAUGAUAAAAAUGCUUUCAACAAAUAUAAAUUUUUUUCCCCAGAUUUCAGCUGCACGCAUGGGUGUGUGCGCGAAUAUAUACGUCUUCCUUGUAGAAAAUUGAGGUUUAUAUAGCAAUCAUUGACGAAAUAGUUAAAUUUUGAAUUGAGAGACCCUUUCUCAAUAGACUUUACCUCAUACAUGUAUAUGAAAAGGGUGAUGCAUGCAUUAUUAGUUGGUGAAGAAUACAUUAUUACAUCGUUAUGCUUAGACUUAAACUAACUUUAAUAGACGUUGAUCUAAACUAUGACUAAUGCGUAAACUAACUUAUGCGUACACUGUCUUGGACCUAAAGAAACUAACGCGCAAACCUUAACUGAGGGCCUAAAAUAGGGUUUCCAAAUCCCGAUUCCCGCCACUAUUUUUUCUUUCAUCCCGCCAUCUCGCUUGCUUCGGACGUGUCAUCCCGAUCCGGCUACCGAAAUUCUUUUGGCCGCGACAGUCGCUUUUUUUUCCCGUUGGACGCAGUUUUCGAGAGUUUAAGGGUUAGCAAUCGGCCUUUGCUCACGAUAAAACAGCGGCAGUCAGUUUAGUUUGUUAAAUUUUUCUUCUUCUGGGUAAGUUUUGACGAAUAAAGCAAACGUUUUCUUUAUCGGAGAACAGCGCAUGGACCAUAACGAAGGCCCUCAGUCACACCAAACUAGAAAUCACGAACAAUUAUGGGAAUCUGUAUCUAUGCCCAGGUUUAUUCGGACAUCCGCACAUAAGAUUUACAACCUUAGAUGUUAACAGUAAAAAAACAAAAACAAAUGCAGUAUAGCCUGCGUAAGCGAUGUCACGCACACCAAAAAGUCAACAUCUCGACUCAGUUCUUAGGUUGUCACUUUAGUCUGUGGGAAGAUUAUACUUUCUUCAGGUGUUUCCUCUUCUCUGCUUGACUCAUAUUCGCUUCGUUCAUCUGACUCUAUACUGCCAGGUUGAGCAUGCGCAGGGUCAGGAGUGCUGGAGUAUCCUUGGAGUAUCCGGUGUUAGUGUUUGAGACAACGGUGGUGACUGGCUCUGCCGUUGAAGUCAAUCUGAUGUUUUCACUCUGACUGGCACCUCCUUCUGGUAAAGAUAGUCCGGCACUGUACCAGCUCUCCCUACUGUUAUUUCUGGGUUUACUUUUCUCUGUUGCACUAAGGGACCAAAAGCCUUAGCCCGGUGUCGCAUCAUCGCAAUUUUUUCGUGAUUAACUGACACCUACAGCAGGUUUUUCCAUCUGAGGGAUGUCGAAGAGGCACGUAAGAGGCCGACUGAGUUACCGUUCAGGAAGAGGAUACCAUGUUCCUCGAUGAUACAUGCGAUGCGUCCAACAGGAAAUUGUUCGUUUUAGCCCCUCUUUGAUAUCCGUUUUCGAGCUCAGGAGUACAUUGCAACGCUGUGCUGACCUGGCUCUUGUGAUGAAGGUUGUCCACAUCAAGGAUCAUACAACUCACGCAAUCCGUGUUGCCGUAGGAAAAUUGUUCCAGGUUUUGCUGAUGUUUCAAGCCCUAUCCAGUAGCAGCUGUACCGAGUUCACUCAGUGUUUCGGGGGCAACACUUCCAUAAGGACCAUCGACGUCGGCGGCAACACGGCACGCAUUCCAUAUUUGUCAUGUUUCUGAGGAAUGAUUCAUUCAUUUCAAUCUUUCCAUCAGAUUGCAACCAUUUCAGAAGUCUUUGAUUCUCAGGAUCAGACUGAUUAUUCUCGCUUCAUGUAGAGCAACGGUAUGAGAAGCUGCGUUUAGGUGUAAUGCAGAAUUCGAAUGUGUGACACGCGUGGUCUUCACGGAAUCGUAAAUCAUCUUAGCGCCUUGUUAUCUGAUCCAUCUCGGUUCCCGCCUUGCUAAUAUCAUGAUUUCCCGCGUCCCGCCACGAGAAUGACGAACUUCUCGCUUCCCGCUGACUCCUGACCAUCCCGCACCCGACCUUUAAAUCUUCUUUUAUCCCGAAUCCCGGCAACGAAAAAAAUGCUAAUCCCGCAUCCCGCCAACCCUAUGUUAGGCCUCACUAUGCUUAGAUCUAAACUAACAAAGUUUGACCUGGUUUUAGGCCCCAUUCCUUGCGUUCGCGCCAUAGAUAUUGGAGUGCUCCUAGAUGCAACCAACAGUGUUGGAAAGGAGAACUUUGUAAUCGCCAAGGACUUUGUGUUGACCCUGGUGAAUUCCAUGACAAUCUCUCCAGAAGAAAGUCACCUGGGACUCAUAGUUUUCAACAUUAAUGCAGAGAUACUGGUCGCAUUUAAAGAUCUGGAUAAGCAGAACCCCUCUGUCAUCAAAAACAUCUUGAAAAAUACUACAAAGCUGAAAGGAAAAACGUUUAUCGACCGAGCGCUCAGAAAAGCUGGAGAGAAGCUGUUUACAGUAGCGUAUGGUGAAAGACCAAACAAACCGGAUGUACUUAUCGUCCUGACAGACGGGAGAACAAAUCCCGCCAGUGAACCGUACGAAGAUGCUCUUAUCCCACUACAGGUAAAUCUAAUUUCUUCCUAAUAAAGAGCUCAGUAAAAUUUACUUUACGUUCGGGUUCAACAAGUUAGAGGAUGGAACAGGAACUCUUAUAGUCUAGAGAGAACAUCAUUCGCACUUUUACCUUCUGACUUCCCUGCAGAACCUUUGGACGGAAACAGAGCGGAUACUGUUUAAUGUCAUGUGACAUUGAAGUAAAAAAUGAGGAAGCGCGUUGCUGGUAAAAAUCCAGCAAUAUGACCAAGGAGAAAUUUAAGAAUGUGUGUAGCUCCCGGUUAUUGUAUUCAUCCACGCAAAGUCAACGGUUUUCCUACAGUUUUUUCAUUUCACUGAUGUCGUGGAACAAUAUACUUCGUAUAUUAGUCACGAAGGCACAUUAUAAAGAGCGUUAAACUAAUGAUCAUGGUGUUGCAUUGAGCUCACUUCCCACCAUCCUUCUCGUUGUACCAUAUUGACAAUGCUUUAUACAGUCGAACCUCGUCGACUAACGCCCCCCCCCCCACCCACAACGGCCUUGUUUUGGCAGACAGUCCAUACAUUCACUCCUGUUUCAACCUCUCUACAAUGGCCACUUUCCUCUGUCCCUAAUCUAAGGUGACCGUUGUAGAGAGGUUCAACUGUAUAAUAUUGAGAAAAAAUACUGUUUUAUAUGCAGCAAAAAGGUGUCAAAGUUAUCGCCGUUGGAGUUGGAAGGAACAUCAAGAAAAAUGAGUUGAUAAGAAUCGCCAUGGGGAAACCGGAAAAUGUUAUUCAGGUUAUUGACUUCCACAGCCUGUUUAACAAAACGCAAGAAAUCAUUAACUCAUCUUGCCUUGAUAAGUGA